AUGGAAGUAAUUGGGUAUGACACCAACUCAACCAUGGUCAUAGAGCAAGUAAAACAUUCCUUGAAGUAUUUCUUCACUGAAACUCCUGGAGCUCAGAGCAUUCCUGAGUUUGUGGCUGUUGCAUUUGUUGAUGAAGUUCAGAUAGGUGACUCCAACAGUGUAAGAGAAGCAAAACCAAAGAAAGACUGGAUUAAAUUCUUUGAGGAUCAUCCUCAGGACCUGGAGUGGUAUAGAUUUCAAUCUAAUGAAAUUCAUCAAUUCUUGAAGGCUACCAUUGAGACUUUGAGGCGACGUUUGAACCAUACUGAAGGUGUUCAUAUUUUGCAAAGGAUGAGUGGCUGUGAAUGGGAUGAUGAGACUGGAGAGAUUAAUGGAUAUGAUCAGUAUGGCUAUGGCGGAGUAGACUUUCUUGCAUUUGACUCGCAGACACUGACAUGGAUCGCUCCUAAACCACAGGCUGUCAUCACCAAAAUGAGAUGGGAUUCUCAUAAACCUGGAUUGGAAUCAACUAAAAACUUUAUAGCUCAUCAGUGCCCUGAGUUUUUAAAGGAGUAUUUGCAAUAUGGGAGGAGCUUUUUGCAGACAACAGUUUUUCCCUCAGUGUCUCUCAUCCAGAAAACUUCCUCCUCUCCAGUCAGCUGCCAUGCUACAGGUUUCUAUCCUGACAGAGCCGUGAUGUUCUGGAGGAAAGAUGGAGAGGAGAUUCAUGAAGGUGUGGAUCCUGGAGAGAGCCUCCCCAACAAUGAUGGGACCUUCCAGAUGAGUAUUGAUCUCAAUGUUUCAUCAGUCACACCUGAAGACUGGCAGAGGUACGACUGUGUGUUUCAUCUCUCUGGUAUGAACGAGGACAUGAUCACCAAACUGGACAAAACAGUGAUCAGGACCAACAGGGAGAAGCCAGCUGACACUGUGACCUUCAUCAGUGCUGCAGUGGUUGUUCUAACUCUUACCAUCGUCACAGGUGUGGCAUUUGUAGCUUACAAAAAGAAGAAAGCUCCUGACGAUGGCUCUGAGCAGUCUGAGAGACUAAAUCCACAAAGUUGACUGUCCUGCAAAGAGUUCUUCACUUUACUGUCUGAAUGACUUUCCUCCAGCUGCUGCAGACACUUCCACAUUUCAAAGACAUAUAUUAAACACACCUGUUAAUAAAACACAGUUGAUGAUCAUAUUUUGCAGAUCACUGAGAACAGGCUGCUACACUUCCUCUAAAUUAGUGCAUGGUCAUAUAAUUGUAUCUAGCUACUGUGUGUACAUGUUUCAUGCAAUUAUGACUUCUGCUUCAGUAUGAUCUAUGUAAUCCCUGUAUCGAUGCAGCGGUAUCACAAGUCUGCUAAAACAUUUGCUAAACUAAAUGUUUCAACUUUAUUGAUUUUUAUGCAUCUGACAAUGACAGUUUGUUAGACCUAAAGUGUGUGAUUUCAAUGAGACGUUGGCAGUGCACAAAGCAUGCAGUAUUUUUCAAAUGACACCAACACAUUUGAAGGAUGACAGCAACAGACUUUCAUUUGGAAAUAAAAUUUUAUGAGUUUAUUAUUUUAUUCUUCUGUGAAAAUGACUAACCCGGGAUUUACUACAUUUGAUUUGUGAGGUCUCAUGACCUUGAUCUUUGACCACCUCUGGCUGUCUU